AUGAUAUUCCUUCCAGACUACCCGGCCACCACAAAAUGGCUGUCAGAAGCCGAGAGAGUCGUCGCUCAGGGCCGACUUGCUGCAGAUGCCGGUAGCGAAGACGUACUAGGCGAAGAAAACGUCAGCAUAUGGCGCGGAAUUGCUCAAGCAACAAAGGACCCAAGGGUGUGGUUAUUUGCGUGUCUGCAAAUGGCAACAACUGCAUCCAUAUCCUACUCGCACUUCUUCCCGACUUUGAUCCAGCAGAUCGGAUUCAAGAACAGGACUACGGUGCUGCUGUUGACCUCACCGCCGUACCUCUUUGCCUUCGUUUGGGCGCUGAGCUUUGCUACGGUCGCGGACAGGAAACAGAACAGAUCAGUCAGUGCUGGCAUUUCAGCUAUUGUAGCCAUGCUAGGCUCAGUUCUCAUGAUCACCGUACUCAAGAAUCCCUGGGCACGGUACGCGUUUACAUUCCUUGUAUGCGCCGGCACGUUCGGUAUCUACUCUACGACCUACACCUGGUUGUCGUCAACAAUUCCAAGACCUCCUGUGAAGAGGGCUGCGGCGAUCGGAAUCGCAAAUUCUUGCGCCAACAUGGCAUCGCUGUUCGCCAACUACUUUUGGCUUGAUGAAUACGCUCCGGAAUUUAGAGCUUCGUGGGGCUGUACUUUGGCUUUCCAAGCGCUAGCCUUCUCCUGUAUCGUUGGUCUGCGCUUCAUUCUGAGGCGAGGCAACAAACGCUUUGAGAAGAUCAUUCAGGAGACCGAUCCCGAUGACAGAGCUGCAAUGGCGCAACUGGACGACGAUUCGCAGCGGGCGGUGCUCAAUGGCUUCCGGUACAUUACGUAG